AUGUCGUCUUCGCAGGAGCUGGUCAAGCGCCCAGAUGGCCAGCUCAUGCCACCUCCUCCACCUCCGAAACGGAUUAAACGCCCCGCGACUGUCCUCGACGAAGAUGUCUACACCAGUACACUAUCCCACAUCAUCGCUCGCGACUUCUUCCCAGGAUUACUCGAAACCCAAAGCAAGCAAGAGUACCUGGAUGCGCUAGAAUCAAAAGAUAAAGCAUGGAUCGCAAGCUCGAAGAAGAAGUUGGCAGAUGUUAUGCGCACGCCCACACCAGGCUCAAACGCAAGGAGAAAGACGGACUCCGCGGGCACGCCACAGCAUUUCCCAUCCAGUCGACCUGAUGAAACACCCCAUGGCUGGGGAGGCGAUACACCCAUGUCUGUCGUGUCGACAUCAACAGCAGCGACAGAUGCUCAGGAGCAAAACGUCCCCGACGUAUCGAACAUAGGCCUCCUCGGCUUCCAGGCAAAAUACACCAGCGAAGAUAACGAGUCCUUUAACAAAGUUAUCGACAAGCAAAAUAUCAAACGCAGAGAAAAAUACCCCUGGCUCUGGACCGGCAACAAAGUCCCCUCGGCUCGCCAAAUCGCCCACCACAACCAAGAAACAAAGCGCAUCACAGCACAAGGCGGGAAUCCCGAAACGGCCCUGAUCAAGCAAGACGGCCCGGCCAUAAAAACAGACUUAGAUGCUCGCCCUGCGAAACCAGACUCGUGGAAGACCCGCCCGGAUAAUACCCUCAUGUUCCUCCCCUCGUCGGUAGAGGAUACACACGAAACCCUCCCCCAGAAGGCAGAACUUUCGUCCCGCGCCGGCCCAAAACGAACCCUCUAUCAAAACACAAGGCUUCUAGACGCCGAAGCCGCAGCUGCAGCAGACUCAAUCCCACAAUCCCCUUCUCUCUCCGUAAUCCAAGACGCCAUAGCCGGCCGACCCCGCCUGAAUGAAUCGGAAGCCAUGUCCACGGCAGGAGGCGAAACACCCCGUGUAAACGGCUAUGCCUUCGUCGAUGAAGACGAGCCCGAACCUGAACCAUUCAGCUACAACCCCGGAUCGUCGGACUACGAAGCAGACUGGCGCCUCCUAGGUCAAGCAGAUAAAACACCAAACCCAUUCCAACUAUCCGAAACUGGUAAACGCGAAGCCCUCCAUCAUCGCAUGGUCGAUCGUGUUGCGCGCAAUAAACGCGCCGAGAAGGCUGCGCGGAUGACCAAAACGCCUGUUUCGAAUACGCCGCGCUUCGCUAGUAGUCCCAUGUUGGGUUCUGGGAGGACUCCUGGCUCUGUUACUUCUGCUUCUACUUCUAAUGGAACUGGGAAGCAGGGGAAGAUGCUUACGCCUGCGGCGCAUCGGUUGUUGAAUCAGGUUGGGGGAACACCGAGGUUUGGAUCCUCUGGGAAUCGGUCUAGGAGGUCUGGGCUUGGGAAUGUUUGGUCGCCGAAGUUGACGCCGAAGAAAAAGUGA